UCAAAAGAAAAAAAAAAGAUUAGAGAUUCAUGAAUUUAGAAGAGAGCCCUACGCUUCCAAAAACCACACUCCUAAUUUUUUGAUAUUCCCCUUUCUCGCCCCCUCCUCCUUCUUCCUCCAACUAGUUUCAAAUCUCCACCCUCUCCUCUCUCCUGCUCAUUCAUCACCCGCGUAUUCGUUAUACAUACACAUACACAGGAGGGGGCUACUCAGACCUUCUCGGUCUGGUCCCAGAGAUUCAAUUACCAGAAAGCUACAUUCGUUUGUAAAAGAAAGAGAGAGAGAGAGAGAGGAUGGUUGGGAGUGGUGCUAGGGUUUCGAUUGGGGCGGAUACGAGGAAGACGAUUCAGACCAUCAAGGAGAUCACUGCUGGGAACUACAGCGAGGAUGAGAUUCACGCAAUGCUCCUUGAUUGCAGUAUGAAUCCCGAUGAGGCUGCUCAACGCCUUCUUCUUCAGGAUCCAUUCCUUGAGGUUAAGAAGAAGCGUGAUAAGAGAAAAGAGAACCUUAGCAACAAGGACUCUGUUGAGCCACAAUGGAGAUCUGGUGGUCCGGGCCGUGGUAGCAGGGGUGGUCGGAUGAAUUUUUCUUCUCGUCAUUCAUCACACGAUGGUGCUGGUGCAAAGAAUUCUUUCAGAAAAGAAAAUAGUCCAAAGCAGGUCGCUGAUCCAUCAACUUCGACCUCUCAACAACAAAUAAAAACUAAAGACAAUGCCUUGGUGUGUAGCCUUCCACCUGUGAUGGAUAAAAGUUCUGUUGGUUUGACAUCAGGAAGCCCUGACGGUGCACCCUCUGCUGUUGAAUCAAGCAAAAAUCGUGUAGCAUUGGGCUCUAAUGCUGUGCAAACUGAGCAGAAGUCGGCUAAUUCUCUGCCACUCUCUCGUCCAUCCUCCUCGGAGGUUCGAUUCACUUCUUCAAAUUCCAAACCAGUGAGCGAGCAACACCUUGGACAAAGCAAGUUACAGAACAGAUCCCGUGGGGUUGGGAAGGGUUCCGUGAAUGAUGCUUAUGUUCCGAGGCCUGCUUCAUCUCAUAGCAACAGCACGGGUAGCCGGCCUUCUUCUAACUACAGUAAUCGUUCGCAUCACACUGUUGGUCCUCAAAGAGUUAAGGAAUGGAAACCGAAGCCAGUGAACCAUACCACUACUCAGGGCUCUGGUGCAUCAGCUACAGCUGAAGCUCUUGCGGUUCCUACCGAAGCCAGUGAAAAAUCUGUUGAAGAUGUUGUUCCUUCUGCAGAGGGUACAUCUAGGUUGCAGAGGCAGCUUGAAGACUUGCAGAUCCAACGUCAGCAUGUUAUUAUCCCAAACCAUAUCCUUGUUCCAGAGGCUGAGCGAACCAAGUUUAGCUUCGGAAGCUUUGAUGCUGGCUUUUCUAUUACAUCAAGUUCAGUAGCUUUUCCAGAGAAUGCACCUCUCUCGCAGAAUUCACAGGAAGUUGAAGAUAGUUUGGAAGCUGACGAACUUAGCCACCCAAAUGUCCAUUCGACUGAAAAGGACGAGGAGAAUAAUGUUCAUUCCGAGUCGCUUUCACAAGUUCCAAAUGAUAUGGCUGGUGAAGGUAUUGCUGCAUCAAACGCAGCUCAAGUGUAUGAUGUCUCCAAGCAAGAGAGUCUCUUGGAGUCCGAAAGCAAUCAAAACUCUUUUGACCACGUUCCAUGUAAUAUUAUCGGGCCUGUUCCUCCAGCUCCUGCGAGCCAGCAUCCACAGUUUGAGAAUGCUGCUGACCCUCAAGCACGUGAUGCCCUUCGCAUUCCUAACUUUGUGGUCCAGCAACCAUUCGAUACAGCGAGUUACUAUGCUCAAUUCUACCGAUCAGGCCCUGACAGUGAUGGACGUGUUUCUCCCUUUGUUUCUCCAGGGGUUGCAUCCAAGUUUAAUGGAAAUGUUACAGUAUUGCCCCCUCAUUCAUCUCAAACCAUGCAAGAGGGUGGAAACAACGUAGUUCUGUCGACAGCUAGUCCAACUCCACUGGUAACACAGCCUGCUGGGCUGAUGCAGAGCUCUAUACCUGUCACGCAGCAGCCUGUUCCUUUCUUACGGCCCCCAGGAUUACACAUGUCACAUUAUCCACCGAACUACAUGCCAUAUGGACACUACUUCUCCCCAUUCUAUCUACCUCACCCAGCAAUGCAACAGUUCCUAAGCAGUGGUGGAUUUGCUCAGCAACCUCAGGCAAGCAGUGUGUAUCCUGCUCCUCCUCCACCCUCUGGAGCUGCAACAGGUGGCAAAUACACACUCCCUCAUCACAAGCCUGGGAAUAAUAAUACAGGAAACUUGACUCAUGUCGGUGUGCCUGGUGGUUACGGACCCUCACAUGGUUCCUUCCCAGCAGGAUAUAAUCCCAAUUCUGGUGCUUCAGCUGGGAACUCAACUUCCAGUGAGGAUCUCAACACGUUGCAGUUGAAGGAAAACAACGGCUACAGCACAACAGGGCAACAGAGUGAAGCAUUACCUGUAUGGAUUGCGGGACCAGGACGAGAUGUGCCGAGCUCGUUCUACGGUUUACAGCACCAGCACCAUGGGCAACACGUGACUUACGCUCCAGCACAAGCUGGUCACGUGACAUUCCCUGGUAUGUAUCAUCCGGGACAAGCAGUGACAGCAGCUGGAGGAGUUCACCAUCCGCUCUUACAACAGUCUCAGGGUGUUGCUGGAGCCGAAAUGGUUGCACCUGGGCCUCCUAACGUUUUCCAACAGCCUCAGCAAACACCGACGAAUUGGCCAAGUAAUUACUGAAACAUGAAGCAAAAGGAAAAAAUGGAAAAGAAGAUUUUUGGGGAUUCAACCAGAGUAUCAGGAAGAUAUGGUGGUGCGGGUUUCGUUGACUUGCGUGUGUGUGUGUGUAUGCCAUCUAACAAAUUACCGAAGAAAGGAAGCUAUGAAGUUGAGCAUGAAGGGAUUGACAGAGGAUGAUCAUAAAAGGAUAGGGGAGGUAUUUUUUAAUGAAUCCAGUGUUUUUUUGGUGUUUCUAUAUCUUUUUUUCAUUUUUUUGGGGGGUUUUAGCAAAAUAUUUGCUUUAUUAGUUUUUAGCUCUUCUGAGCUAAGCCAAAAGAACUUUUCCUGCCUGAGUCUGUAUCUAAAGACUCUUGGUUCUUUUCUCAGCCUUUUGUGAACAUGUUCAAAUAUGAAGUUACCUGAACUUUUAUUUGAAUUAAAAAUACAAGAAAAUAUGUAGAAUGUUAAUAGUCUUCCAGAAUAUCCAAAUAAUAUUAAAGUGUUUUUGAAA